GCGAGGAGCCCGCGAUCUUCGCCGCCGCCGCCGCCGCCGCCGCCACCGCCGUCGUCCCGCGCCCCGCGUCCCGCGCUCCGCGCCCCGCGCCCGGUCCAGGUCUCGGCGCCCGCAGCAUGCCCGGCCCGUCCCUGUUGGUCGCGCUGUGCGGCGCGCUGCUCUGCGUCCCCGGCCUCUCCGCUUCCUCGGGUCCCUGUUCCCCGAACCCCUGCCACAACGAUGCUGAGUGCGAGUUGAUCGAUGGUUCGCGCCGCGGGGACAUCUUCACGCAGUACGUCUGCAGGUGCUCUCCUGGCUACACAGGCGUCCACUGCGAGACGUCCUGCGCCACGCCCCUGGGCAUGGAGAGGGGCUCCAUCACGGAUGCACAGAUCUCAGCCUCGUCUGUCCACCUGGGAUUCAUGGGCUUGCAGCGCUGGGCGCCUGAGCUGGCCCGCCUGCACCGCACGGGGAUCGUCAAUGCCUGGACGGCCAGCAACUAUGACCACAACCCCUGGAUCCAGGUGAACCUACUGCGGAAGAUGCUUGUGACGGGCGUGGUGACACAGGGCGCCAGCCGCGCGGGCAGUGCCGAGUACCUGAAGUCGUUCAAGGUGGCCUACAGCAUGGACGGGCGGAAGUUCCAGAUCUUGAAGGACGACAGCGGGCUGAUGGACAAGGUCUAUGUGGGGAAUGUGGACAACAAUGGCCUGAAGGUGAACAUGUUUGACACCCCACUGGAGACGCAGUACCUGCGGCUGGUGCCCAUCGUCUGUCACCGGGGUUGCACUGUGCGCUUUGAGCUCCUGGGCUGUGAGCUGAAUGGAUGCUCCGAUCCCCUGGGCAUGAAGGACAACACCAUCCCUGACAAGCAGAUCACCGCCUCCAGCGUCUUCCGCACCUGGGGCCUGAGCGCCUUCAGCUGGUUCCCCUUCUACGGCCGGCUGGACAGACAGGGCAAGUUCAACGCCUGGACGGCGCAGAGCAACUCUGCCUCCGAGUGGCUGCAGAUCGACCUGGGCACGCAGAAGCAGGUGACGGGCAUCAUCACCCAGGGUGCCCGGGACUUUGGCCACGUGCAGUACGUGGCUGCCUACAAGAUCGCACACAGUGACAAUGGCCAGAACUGGACCGAGUACCAUGAGCAGGGCUCCACGGAGAGUAAGAUCUUUCCUGGCAACCUGGACAAUGAGUCGCACAAGAAGAACGUGUUUGAAACGCCCUUCCUGGCGCGCUUCGUGCGCAUCCUGCCCGUGGCCUGGCACAACCGCAUCACCCUGCGCGUGGAGCUGCUGGGCUGCUAGGGCCCCGCCAUGGCAGCUGCUUCGGGGCGGGCUCCCCUCCCCCACGUCCCACGCCCCACCCCUCCUUCCACCCACAGCCCCUCAACCUAGGGGGAGUCUGGGCUGUUCAGACGGGUGGGGGUGGGGUGCAGGUCUCUUGCACCUCCCCAGCCACCCACACCCCCCAGCCUGGGGCGAUGGCCAUUCCUCCCACCCUGCCCCACCGCCCCCACUGUCUCCUCCCAGCCCUGGCCCGGAAGCCCAAGAGAGACUGAGGGGGCGGGAGGGGGCCUGCACGCUGGUUCUCCCCGCAGGCUGGCAACAAGAAUAUUUAUGUCACCCCUA